GGUCAACACUAUGAAGAAGAAAAAAGAGCAUUAAGCCAUGAAAUAAUAGCCCUCAAUAACCAUUUGAUAGAAGCCAAGGUGACAAUCGAUAAAUUAUCGGAAGAUAAUGAGCUGUAUAGAAAGGAUUGCAAUUUAGCUGCUCAGCUGCUCCAGUGUAGCAAGAAUUAUGACAGAGCGCAUAAGCUUUCUGAGCUGCCAGCUGAAUUUCAGGAACGUGUCAGCAUCCAUCUAGAAAAGCAUGGAUGCAGCCUCUCGGUACCCCUGUGUCAUACAUCAUUUGCUGAUAACAUACCAACUUGCGUCAUUGCAAAAGUUCUGGAAAAGCCUGACCCAAAUAGCCUUUCUCCCCACAUGUCAAGACCAUCAAGCAGAGAUCUUGCCUUUCAGGAAUCUGUUGGAAAACUUGGCCAAAGACCUCAGUACAAGUCUGACAUUUAUUGCAGUGAUACAGCUCUUUACUGCCCUGAGGAAAGAAGGCGGGAGAGAAGGCAGAGUGUAGACAUGCAAGUAAAGGGUGUUGGGUUCUUGAGGUCCCAGAAUUCCACUGACAGCACAGUUGAAGAAGAUGGCUUCCAUUCUAGCUUCUCUCAUGAAGCUUUCCCAGAAUAUGUUACCUCUCUACCUACUUCUAGCUCCUACUCCAGCUUUAGUGUAACUUCUGAGGAGAAGGAGAAUGCCCAAGCUAGCACUUUGACAGCCUCCCAGCAAGCCAUUUACCUGAGCAGCCGUGAUGAGAUGUUUGAAAGAAAGCCAUCUUCAGGUUAUGACCAGGGGAGUCCAAGGUUUGCCAAGGCUAAAUCUAUUCAGCACAUGGAGCUGGCAGAUGACAAUGAGAACUCCCCUACUUUCACUAGGACUAUGUCACCUUAUGCAAGCGAGCCUUAUCAUUUCUCUGCCAUAACAACUCAACAAGCUUUAGCAUCACAGAAGAUGCGCAGUGAAUGCAGGAACACCCAUUUGUCAGAAGACGACCUACCUGGACAGUGGAGACAACUUAGUGUGGAAGAUAUUGGUGCAUAUUCUUACAGGAACAGUGGCAGGCUCUCACCCUGCAGCUUUUCAGAGCAGUAUUACAGAAGUCCUAUAAAAAAAGGAGACAGUCGGUCAAGUCCCAUUUAUGCUAGUUACAAAGGUGAUAGCUUCUCAGAGGGAGAUGAUAUUUGUCAAAGUGGACUUGUGGACUCUUGCUUCCUGAGGACAGACAGUGGUCUGAAUAUUGACAUAAGUACCAGUUGUAAGCAGGACAAAUUGUCCUCUUAUAAAACGAAAGAACUGAGGGACAAAAAAGGUGAAAGAAUCACAGUCCAAGUGUGCAGUAGCAAAAGCAUUGAUGGGAGUCCUGUGUUGAAAAGAGAAUAUGUUGACGUUAGUCCAAACAGCUCAGCUGAAUCUCUCAACCAGAGUUCUAUGGAGGCUUCAGAGAUCCAUCAGUCUUCCAUUGAGCAAGGAAGCCAUUCAAGCCUCCAUAGCAAGCAGCAGCAAUUUCAACGGACUGGAAGUACAGGCUUGAGUCGAAAGGACAGCCUCACAAAAGCACAAUUGUAUGGAACCCUCCUUAAUUGAAACAUCUUCCAAAGCUGCAAUAAGGAGAUAGAACAACAGCAACUACGAUGACAUUUGACACUUCCAGCAUCUUGUAGGUUUCUGAGAAACUCUGUGUGUG